UGUUGAUUCAGAAGACCGGAAAAUCGUUUCUUGGAUGAUUACAUUAGUCCACAGCGAUUGCGUUUCUGUUCAUAGUUUAAUCCGUACUAAAUAAUUUCUGUUCAGUUUUUAGCCUUUUAGUUCGCUCCUGCAAAAAGUAAUGCAGUAAUCAAUGGAACGCAAAAACUUAAAUAUUAUUAAGUAUAUCUGAUGACUAUACAUAGGCAUUCGAUUGCAUACCCUCCUUCUGUACUAUUUUGUUUAUAACUUUCAGCUCCUACGUUAAACCAGUAAGAGUAAGCUUUGUACAUAUAGGUGGUCUUAACUGCUGUUUUGGAAGCUGUGGAUGGAGGACUUGGAGGAAUGCGUGAUGGAUGACCUGGGUGUGUCACUGGAGGAGCUCAGGCACUGGAUCGAGGAGGAGGUGGAACGCAGUGAGGUGGUGAGGCAGAGGAAGGCCCAGCUAGCUGAACUGCAGGACUGGGUGGAGCAGCGGGAGCGAGAGGUGGCUGCUGUGGACUCGCUCUUCAGCAGUGCCUCUGAUUCCGUCAUGGAAUGCGAGACCCUCGUCAAGGACGUAUACACCAAGAUGGGGCUGGUGUACAAGGAUAGCAGCUCUGAAGAUGAGGGGGGAGGCGGCGGCGCCCAGUCAUCUGAGGUGAUCGAAAUUGACGAUGACGAUGAUGACGAUGUCAUUGCCGUUGGCUGUGUGGUUCCACCCCAGAAGGGCACCACACCAUCCAAGGAUCCCGCGUUUAACGAGGCCUCUGCCGCCCUUCAGAGGUCUUCCCAGCAGGUUCAGAAGCUGGCUCAGGCUGUGAACAAGACGACCCCAACCACCACUCCCACUAAACCGCUGCCUUCCACCAUUGUGCGCCGAGACGUGUCGUGCCAGUUGUCCAUGCCGGCCGUGUUCGUGUCACAAGCCCCACGCAACACGCCCACUCAGCCCAACCCCGCCCUGAAGGAGGACGAGAUGAAGCUGGAAAUGAGCAUCCUGGGCAAGAAGAGGACCAAGACGUGGCACCCGGGCACGCUCAUCGCCAUCAUCCCCGUCGGAACCGGCUUCAAGUACAAAGUUAAGUUUGAGAACAAGGGGAAGAGCCUGCUGUCAGGGAACCACGUGGCCUUCAACUACCACCCGACGCUGGAGCGGCUCUAUGUGGGCGCCCGUGUCGUCGCCAAGUACAAGGACGGCAACCAGGUGUGGCUGUAUGCCGGCAUCGUGGCCGAGAUGCCCAACAGCAAGAACCGCAUGAGGUUCCUGAUAUUUUUCGACGACGGUUAUGCAUCCUACGUCAGUCUGCCGGAGCUCUACCCUGUCUGCAGACCCUUAAAGAAGACGUGGGAGGACAUCGAGGACGCCUCCUGCAGGGACUUCAUUGAGGAGUACAUCACUGCCUACCCCAACCGGCCCAUGGUUCUCCUUAAGGCUGGUCAGGUCAUCAAGACUGAGUGGGAGGGCACCUGGUGGAAGAGCCGUGUGGAGGAGGUGGACGGCAGCCUGGUCAAGAUCCUCUUCCUGGAUGACAAACGCAGCGAGUGGAUCUACCGGGGUUCCACCCGCCUGGAGCCCAUGUUCAACCUGAAGGUCAACUGUGCCAACACGCAGGAGAAGAGGCAGGGCGGCCAGCAGCGGACUCGCCCCAAUAUGGCCAUUCGGACAAAGGGACCCGUGGUUCAGUACACCAGCGAGUCAAACAACAUGGCGACCAGCAAGAACCAGGGCACUUCGGUGAACUCCAAAUUUCCACAGUCAACCACCCCAGGGCAACACCCCCGCACAGAGAGUCCCGACAGUCUGGCUCGAUCCAAACAGCAGGUAGCGAAGAAGAGCACCUCUACCUUUGUUGCCCCCCCGGCUGCGAUCUUGCGCCCCCCGGGCCCUGCCGAUACCCUGGUGGCUGGUCCCCGGCCUCUGCUCUCCCUCCCCAUGCCCACGCCCUCCCCCGCUGCCCCUGCUGCUAUCGUGCCCUCCAACAAUUCCAGGGUCUUUGUGCUGCAGCCGGGCUCCAUCCAGACCCUCACCCCGGUGUCCCCCAUCACCUCCCUGCAGCCUGCCCCACCCCCCCAGCUCUCAUACUCCUGCGACCGAGUCCCCCAGGAGCCGUCCUAUCAGGCCCCCAACGAGCGCCUCUUCUACCUGCUGCACACCUGCUCCCCCGCCUGUCUAAGCCGGGUCCGGCCAGCCCGCCUGGACCAGUACCGCAGCCGCAACCCGCUGCUGACACCCCUACUCUACGAAUUCCGCCGCAUGACUGGCCGACGCCGCGUCAACCGCAAGAUGUCAUUCCACGUGAUCUACAAGUCGCCCUGUGGGCUAUGCCUGCGCAGCAUGGCAGAGAUCCAGCGCUACCUCUUCCAGACCGGCUGUGACUUCAUCUUCCUGGAGAUGUUCUGCCUGGACCCCUACGUGCUGGUGGACCGGCGCUUCCAACCGCAGAAGCCCUUCUAUUUCAUCCAGGACAUCACGAAUGGCCGCGAGGACAUCCCGUUGUCCUGCGUCAACGAGAUCGACGGGACCCCCCCGCCCAGUGUGGCUUACAGCAAGGAGCGCAUCCCGGCAGACGGGGUCUUCAUCAACACCAGCCUGGACUUCCUGGUGGGCUGUGAUUGCACCGAUGGCUGCAGAAACAAGUCAAAGUGUGCCUGUCACCAGCUGACCCUCCAGGCAACCGCCUGCACCCCUGGGGGCCAGAUCAACACGAACGCCGGCUACUCCUAUAAGAGGCUCGAGGAGUGCCUUCCCACAGGGGUAUAUGAGUGUAACAAGCGAUGCCGCUGCAACCCCCAGAUGUGCAUCAACCGGCUGGUGCAGCACGGGCUCCAAGUGCGCCUGCAGCUCUUCAAGACGCAGAACAAGGGCUGGGGCAUCCGCUGCCUGGAUGACGUGGCCAAAGGCUCCUUCGUCUGUAUCUAUGCCGGUAAAAUCCUGACAGAUGACUUUGCCGAUAAGGAAGGCCUGGAGAUGGGUGAUGAGUACUUCGCCAACCUGGACCACAUUGAGAGUGUGGAGAACUUCAAAGAGGGCUAUGAGAGCGAGGCUCACUGCUCUGACAGUGAUGGCAGCGGGGUGGACAUGAGCAGAGUUCGGGUGCCUGGCAGGAGCUCGCAGAGGAAAGGCUACCAGAAAGCUGAGGACGACACCAACAGUGGCAACGGAGGCCAAGGUGACGCCCAAAGAGGUGAGGACUCCUCUGGAGAUGGGGAGGAAGAUGAUGAUGAUGAAGAAGAUGACUCGAAUGAUGAUGACGACAGCUCUGGCGAGAACUUCAUCAGGAAUGCUUACUAUAGCUCCAGCUCAGUGUGGAGAAGCUACACUACACGGAGGCAGGCCAAGGGGCUGAAGGAAGGCAGCCAGGACAGUAAGGAUGGGUUAAGCGUGUCAACAGGAGGGACAGAGGGCAGGAAGCCACCUGUCAUGCCAGAAGAGAGCGGCAAGAGCAAGGUGGCCUCCUGGCUGACCAGCCAGGCAUCCUCCUCUGGCACGCAGCCUGCAGUCAAACUGGAAGGACUGAAGACCGAGAAGAAGGAGCCGCUGGACCAGAAGCCUGCGCUGGGCUCCAUCUCUGUGAAGACCGAGACCGGCAAGAAGCCUCCUGGAAGCAACAUGGAUGUCAUGACCCUCUCCGACAGCGACGACGUCCAGACCAUCAGUUCUGGGUCUGACGACAAGGAGCGGGAGAGACAGGCUCAGGGGCCAUUAAAGAGGCAGGUGGCUGUCAAGUCUACCCGUGGAUUCACCCUCAAAUCCACUCAUAGCCUGGUGGUCAAGACUGGUGGAGGUGGUGGAAGCGGGGGGACAGCGGGACCUGGGGGGGCAGGGGGAGAAGGCGGCCUAGCUAGGAAGAACACUAGGCAAUUCUUUGAUGGCGAGGAAUCCUGCUACAUAAUCGAUGCCAAGCUGGAGGGCAACCUUGGGCGCUAUCUCAACCACAGCUGUAGCCCGAACCUCUUUGUGCAGAACGUGUUUGUGGACACUCAUGACUUGCGCUUUCCUUGGGUGGCCUUCUUUGCCAGCAAGCGGAUACGGGCGGGGACCGAGCUCACUUGGGACUAUAACUAUGAAGUGGGAAGCGUGGAAGGCAAGGAGCUGCUGUGCUGCUGCGGCUCCACCGAGUGCCGGGGGAGGCUGCUGUAGGAGGUGUGUGUGACCUCCCCAACAUGGCCCUUCCCUGUUCAUUGUGCCUCCGUUACUUGCGCACUACUGUGUAUGUUGUGGGAAUCUGGCUGCUUCCAGCGACCGUUUCCCACUUGUAAUGUUUUUUUUUUGUUUCUGUCAUGUUAGGUAAUUCUUUAAAUUUUUUGUCUUAAUGCCCUUAAAGCUGUAUUUCGCUAUUCUCCCCUCCCCUGUUCCCACAGACCAAACUGUGUACUCAUCAUAAAUGAAUAAAAGUUAUCGAUGUGUUC